CCCGCUUGCUGAGCUUCUCGCUGGCGUCUCGCACCAUGCUGGACCAGAGAGUGGGCUUCGACGUGCUGCUGGCCUUUGACGCCCUAGCAGCCACGCAGCGAUGGCAUCCUCGACGCUCCAGGGGGCCCCAAUGCCCACUUAUGAACUAGAUGAGUUCAUCCGGUUUGUCCUGCGGCCCCACAGAAGCUGUGAGACGAGGCUCAGCUGCAUGAUGGAACGGCUCGGCACCUUCCUGCAGGGCUCCGAGGAGCUGCGCCUGGAGAGAGAGGCAGCUGUGGGUGGUUCCUAUGGCCGGAAAACGGUCUUGAAAGGCAACUCCGAUGGCACCCUGGUCAUCUUCGUCAGUGACUUUGCACAAUUCCAGGAUCUGAAGAAAAAUCAACAUGAAAUCCUUAACAAAAUCCAGCAGCAGUUGGAAAGAUGUCUAUUAACCAGGCUGUUGGCAGCCAACUUGAAGAUCCAAAGACUCAAUGACAAGCUCACCAUCCAGCUGUUCACAGAAUACCAGAAAAUCACUUUUGAGGUGCUGCCUGCCUUUAACGCUUUAGGCGCCAGUGGCAAGCCCAGCCCCGGGAUCUACAGAGACCUCAUACGUUCCUUGGGUAAGACGGGAGCCAGCCCUGGGGAGUUCUCAGUCUGCUUCACAGAACUCCAGCAGAAGUUUUUUGACAACCGUCCGGAAAAACUUAAGGACCUCAUCCUCUUGAUAAAACACUGGUGGCAUCAAAAGUGCCAGAAAAAGUUGAAUAAUCCAUCCCUGCAGCCCAUGUACGCUCUGGAGCUGCUCACGAUCUACGCCUGGGAGCAGGGGAGCAGAACGGAGAGCUUCAGCAUAGAGGAAGGGCUCCGGAGCAUCCUGAGACUGAUCGAGCAGCAGGAGCAGCUGUGUGUCUACUGGACCAUCAACUACGACUUUGAGAACGAGACCGUCCGGACCUGGCUGCUGAGCCAGAUCCACUCCCCGAGGCCUGUCAUCUUGGAUCCUACUGACCCAACCCAUAAUUUGAGCCAAGAUAAGACAUGCUGGCAGCUGCUGAAACAAGAAGCUCAGAGCUGGUUGUCAUCUCUCACCCUGGAGGAGUCACACAGGUCAUCUUGGAAUGUUCUGCCAGCAGCCCUCUCCGAGACCCCAGGCCACCUUCUAGAUCGCUACAUCAAGGACUUUCUCCAGCCCGACGAAGACUUUAUAGAUCAGAUCUCUAGAGCUGUCGACAUCAUCUGUACAUUCCUUAAAGAAAACUGCUUUCGAGAUUCAACUACAAAGGUUCUGAAGGUCAUCAAGGGCGGCUCCUCGGCCAAAGGCACAGCUCUGAAAACCGGCUCCGAUGCCGACCUCGUGGUGUUCCUCAGUGCCAUGAAGAGCUACACCUCCCAAAAGCAACAGAGGAAGGACAUCAUCAAUGAAAUCCACAAGCAGCUGGAAAUCUGUAGGGAGCAGGAGAAAUUUGAAGUGAAAUUUGAGAUUCCAAAAUGGGAGUUUCCUAGGGUGCUGAGCUUUUCUCUGAAAUCCAAAGAACUCAAGGAAAGGGUUGACUUCGAUGUGCUGCCUGCCUUUAACGCGCUAGGUGAACUGCGAUCCGGUUGUACCCCUGACCCCAAAGUCUACAUUGAGCUCAUUCAUCUGUAUGAAUCCUCAGAUAUCCCAGGGGGUGAAUUUUCUACCUGUUUCACAAAGCUGCAGCGCAACUUUGUUCGACGACGGCCCACCAAACUGAAGGAUCUGAUACGUCUAGUGAAGCACUGGUACAAGCUGUGUGAGAGGAAGUUGAAGCCAUUGGGGCCCCUGCCCCCAAAGUACGCCUUGGAGCUGCUCACCAUCUAUGCCUGGGAGCAUGGCAGCGGGGAGGAUAAUUUUAACACUGCUGAAGGUUUCCGGACGGUCCUGGACUUGGUCACAAAAUACGAGGAGCUCUGCAUCUUCUGGACAGUCAAUUACAACUUUCAGAACAAGACUGUGAGGAGCUUCCUGCUGGCCCAGAUCCAGAAAGCCAGGCCCGUGAUCUUGGACCCAGCUGAACCCACCGGCGAUGUGGGUGGAGGGAGCCGCUGGUGUUGGCGUCUUUUGGCACAAGAAGCUAAGGAAUGGCUGUCCUUUCUUUGCUUCAGAGAUGGGGCUGGAAAGGCAAUGCGCCCAUGGGUCGUGCCGACGGUGCAGACACCAGGAAGCUGUGGAGCUCAGAUACAGCCUAUUGUCAACCAGGUGGUGUGAUUCGGAAGCCGCUGGGAGACACGGAUGUUCGGGCAGGCGCUUCUGCGGAGUUGGUGGCUGCACAGAGGGGAAGCCAGGCCCAUCUGGCCCCUGCCGCUGCUUUGCCUGCUCCAGGACCUUCAGAAAGUCUCACCAUGCCGAGCUCACUCUACCAGUGGGCAUUCAUGCCCACCCAGCUUGCUGUGCCCACAGCUGCUGCCAGCCUUUCUGGAUGCUUCCUGCUAACUUCUUUUUCCUUCAUUCACAGCAGAAGGCUCUCACUGUUACAGUGCAGCCCAGAGUGGACUUGAGUGGUCUGUGGGGCCUCACCUGCGCUCAACCUGCGCUCAAAAUGUAAUUUUCUACUGGCACACAGAGAAAGGGUAAUGGGCUUAUUUUUUAAAAAGGGGGAAAGGAAAAGGAACAACCUAGGGAAAGAGAGAGUGAUACAAAGUAACUGGAAUAUUAACAUCACUGCAGUUCCCAGUGAAACCUUUUGCCUGCCCCUGGGUUCCCAUAACCCUGCAAUCUUG